CCCUUUCAGCUCAUGCGAAAAACUUCACGAUGAAAACCGAAGUCUCUACUGCUGCUAACUUUGUCACCCGUCUGUUGAGAGGAACACGGCUGCUUUCAGAAGAACAGCUGCAACAGUUCAGAUCCUCUUUGAAAGAAGCUUUGGGGGAUCAUUAUCAGCACCACUGGUUCCCAAAUGCACCCUACCGAGGUUCGGGUUACAGGUGCAUCCGGAUCAACCACAAGAUGGACCCUUUGAUCGGCAAAGCGGCCUGUACGAUCGGACUCACGAAAGAGCAACUCUUUUCACUGCUGCCAAGCGAGCUCACCAUGUGGGUCGACCCCUAUGAAGUGUCCUACCGGAUCGGAGAGGACGGGUCCAUAUGCGUCCUCUACGAGUCCGCGCCUCCGUCGGACACAAACCAGGCAGACAGCUGCAAAGAUGAACUGAGGAUCGGACGGGCGAGUCCGUCCAAAUCCUACGGCAUGAUGACCUGCUCCAGCUGAAGAGCGAUGUUGUGUAUUUAGCUUCUCGUGAGCACAGUAAAUCAGGCAUUGCUCACGUUCGAUUUCUUUUUAAACCUUGUAUUUUUAAGAGAUUUUUUUUUUUUAAAUCAACGGUGAACUCUUCAUCUUAUUGACCUCAUGCUGAAAACAGAAGUAUUUUGAUUAAAUGUCUUUUAAGCUCCC